GAGACGGCGUCAUCUAGGGAUGGUCCAAGUUUUACGUCUUUGAAGGCAAAUAGUUUGUAUUGUUCUGAAUACAUACAAGUUAUCAUUUCCCGUAAAAGAAUACAGGGUAGUGCUGAUUGAAUUUUACUUAUAUACUAUGAAUACAGAAGAAUACAAAUAGAGAAUUUGCCUACCAUAUCCCCAUAAUGGUGCGAUUAGUGGUCGGUCCCCAGACAGCUGACGAUCAAAGGCUUUCCCGCUGCGCGUAGGGUGAUCUGCUUUGCAGUUCAUUUUUCGUCCGAAAUUUUCCAACUUCCUGCUAGAAUUGGCCUUUUGCACGUGCCGCAAUGGCCACAGUGCCGCCCAAAAGAAAGGAAAUUUACAAGUACGAGGCACCAUGGACGCUAUACGCCGCCAAUUGGAGCCAAAGACCCGACAGAAGAUUCCGGCUUGCGGUUGGAAGUUUUCUGGAGGAAUACAACAACAAAGUACAGGUCAUCAGUUUGGAUGAGUCGGCCCAGGAGCUGAAAGCUAGCAGCAUGUUCGACCACCCAUACCCAUGCACCAAGAUCAUGUGGAUACCUGACAAUAAAGGAAUCUUCCCAGACCUUCUGGCCACGAGCGGUGACUACCUGCGUGUGUGGCGGGCGGGAGAACCAGACACGCGGCUGGAAUGUCUACUGAACAACAACAAGAAUUCCGACUUCUGCGCUCCUCUCACCUCCUUCGACUGGAAUGAAGUAGAUCCCAACCUGAUAGGGACGUCAAGCAUCGACACUACAUGUACAAUAUGGGGGCUAGAGACCGGACAGGUGCUUGGCAGGUGUAACCUGGUGUCUGGGCAUGUCAAGACGCAGCUGAUAGCACAUGACAAGGAGGUGUACGAUAUAGCGUUCAGUCGAGCAGGGGGUGGCAGGGACAUGUUUGCGUCUGUCGGCGCCGACGGUUCGGUACGAAUGUUUGACCUCCGACACCUGGAGCAUUCCACAAUCAUCUACGAGGAUCCCCAGCACCACCCACUGCUGAGGCUAUGCUGGAACAAACAGGACCCUAAUUAUCUGGCCACGAUGGCGAUGGACGGGAUGGACGUGAUCAUCCUGGACGUCCGUGUCCCAUGCACGCCGGUCGCCAGGCUGAGCAACCAUCGCGCCUGUGUGAACGGGAUCGCGUGGGCACCCCACUCAUCCUGCCACAUCUGCACUGCUGACAAUGAUCGUCAGGCACGUAUCUGGCACACACAACAGACGGCCCGCGCUGUCGGGAACCCCAACAGGGCAUACAGAGCAGGAGACGACCAUCAGGCGCUGAUCUGGGACAUACAGCAGAUGCCCCGCGCCAUUGAAGACCCCAUCUUGGCGUACACGGCAGAGGGCGAGAUCAACCAGGUCCAGUGGUCGUCCAGCCAGCCUGACUGGAUCGCUAUCUGCUACAACCGCUGUUUGGAGAUCCUGAGGGUGUGACAAUGACUGCAACUGGACGCUUAUUUUUCUUUCGUUACCUUUCCAUUAUUAUAUUUUAUCAUGAUGCUGUUCCCUACUUAUACAUGCAAACCAUUGCAAACACCAAAAGCAGGCUCCACUCCAGAGGUGUUGCCAAAGAGUAUGGUGUGACAAGGUACAGCUAAUUUGAAUCCAGUGCCAUUUUACAUGCAAUCAUAUUUUAAAUAAUCAUAUGUUAGUAAAAAUGUGCAUGUCAACUUGCAAUGUUUGGGGGAUUUAACCCAAGCCAUAUGUUGUAGUCUUGGUGCAGUGGGCAGAUGUACAAAAAGUGCCAUCAACUUUGCAGAAUUGGAGAUAUUCAAAGCCCACUGGUUAGUCAAAGUUAAAUUAUACUUACAUGGAGACAUUGUCCUCCAGUCUUUAAAAGAACCAUCUUUGAGGCUUUUUUCCUAGCCAUUCAUUCAUCAAAUCAUUUGUUAUGAAUUCAAAGAUCAUAUUAUACUCAGUAUAACGUGCCAUUGUAUCAUGCACUGAAGAUCUGGAAUUGUAAAAAAAGGAAUGAAAACCAAAGAUUCCAUUUGCACUGAGACCCUUUCUAGCGAUGCCAGCGCCAAGAAGGAAGCAAUACUGUGUGCAAAACUAUGUAAAUAUCUUAAGCCUUGGUGGCUGCAGCAGAUUUUAGAACUGCGUUUUAACAACAGUAGUGCCAUGUCUAAAUUGCAUGUUUUUAGUUACCCAAACUUGAAGUAUAUUUGCUGUAAUAGUUGAUUUAAAUGUUCUACAAAGAAGGUAAAAUGCAAGUAGCUAUAGAGUUCACCUUAACAUACAUUGUACAGGAGUUGAAGCAUACUACAUGUAUUAUAACAUCUACAAAUGUAGUCCUUUCAAUUGGUAUGUUGUUGUGUAGUACUAUACAUUGUAUGUCUUCCUGUACUUAGUACUUGUGUGAUAUUUGUAUACUAUUAGUGCUUGACUAGGGAAUGGAGUCAUGUACUUUGUUGUAAGGGUUUAGAGUUGUCUGUUUGGAUAACUUAGUCACUAAUAAGUCAUCUUUGUAAGCAGGAUAGCAUCAGGUCACGUUGGCAUGACAUUUUUUGUUUAAUGGAGUAAUUAAGUGGAGGAUAUAAGGUGGAAAAUCAUGUUCCUAGAUAAGAACCUAAUGUGAUUUUGUAAGUUUCUGGUGCAAGAUAUUUAAUAGCCUGUGCUUAGAACAGAUGUGAUAUGCUAUAUUACAUGAAGGCACAACCAGACUCCAGGAAGUAGACUUCAGUGUAGGAAGAUUUUAACUGUCUGUCUUUAGAAAUACAGCUAAACCUUUUUUACAUGAAUGUAAGGUCCUAUUUAGAAUCUUUUGUAAUGUACAGGGAACAGUUGUCAGGUUGAACAGUGAAGGAUUGUUGAUUCUAAGAAUGGUUUCAUCAGGUUUGUAAAUCACUGGAGAAUGAAGUUCUCUAUACACAACCAGAGAGUUAACAUCUACCCGAUGUUUUCUUCUAUCUGACAGAUAAAUAUCAAAAUGUUGGCUAGGUAUCAAUUAUCUGGUGGUGUACAAAGAACUUAUCCAGGAAAUGUUUUAUCCAGAAAAGUGCCAUGUUUUGGGGAGUGCAUGAUGUUUCAGUUAACGUGUUGAUGGUUUGUUUCACUACCACUUGUAAACAUGUCCAUUGGGAGAAUGCAGGUGCUAGGUAGACGUGGGAAGAAAGAGGAAGAAAAAAAUGUGUGAUGUGAGGUAGUGUUCCGUGUAAUGCAUUGUAACUGCCCAUCUGUUUUCACAAAAAGCUGUUCUUUUGUGUUGAGAAGUUUGUUGUAUGUGUAAGUAAGUGUAGCAAAGCCUUCAUCACAGUAAUAAUCUCUGUCAUGCUGAAAUAUUUGUUGCCAUAAACAUUGUAAGUUAUAUUCAUUGCUUUGCAAUCAAGUUAAUGUACAACAACAAACUUACAUAGAACUCCAUGUAGCAGAGUUCUAUAUGUAACCAACUUGAUAUCUAUUUUAAUGCAUUAACUUAUACAUGGUUUGUAUGUUAUCAGUGCACUUUCAAUAACACUAGGAAAGUGGAGUUUUAUGUUGUAGCUGCAAAUGCUAGUGGGAGUAUUGAUGUCUAAGUUCUCAAAUUUCUAUAUUAUAUUUACAUUUGGUUAGUUGGAUAUUAAGUUGCUACAUGUGUUUGUGAUGGAGAGAGAGAGAGGGGGUGGCAUAAACAGCAUUUGCCAUGAUAUGGCUUGGGUAUGCCUUGUACAGUCAAAUGUAAGGGGACAUUUUUUUAUUAAAUCG